CGCUGGACAGGGAGCUGACGCCCGGCCGGCGCCGCAAGGACACACUCCGGAUCAGCAGGGCCCCCGAGACGCACGGGCGGGCGCGGGGCCUCGUCCUCGGGCUGCCCCCAUGAGAAGCCCCUGCCUCGCCUCGCGGCCCAGGCCGCUGCUGCUGCUGCUGCUGCUGUCGGUGAGGUUGGUCUGGGCCCCGGCGCCCGUCGGAGUCCCCGACUGCCCCGAGGCGUGCGCGUGCGCGCCGGCUGGCCGGGCCAACUGCUCGGGCCUCGCGCUGCCCGCGGUGCCCGGGGACCUGGGCCGGCGCCUGCUGGAGUUGCUGCUGGACCACAACGCCGUGCGCACGCUGCCGCCUGGAGCCUUCGCGGGCGCGCAGGCGCUCGUGCGCCUGGACCUCCGCGGGAACGCGCUCCGCGCCGUGCACGCGCGCGCCUUCUGGGGCCUGCGGGCGCUGCAGUGGCUCGACCUGAGCGCCAACCGGCUGGAAGCCCUGGCACCGGGCACCUUCGCGCCGCUGCGUGCGCUGCGCUCCCUCUCGCUGGCCGACAACCGGCUGGCGCUGCUGGACCCCGCGGCGCUGGGCCCGCUGCCGCUGCUGCGGGCGCUGAGCCUGCAGGACAACGCGCUGUCGGCGCUCGCGCCCGCGCUGCUGGCCGGGCUGCCGGCCCUGCGCGCGCUGCGCCUGCGCGGCAACCCCUGGGCCUGCGGCUGCGCGCUGCGCCCGCUCUGCGCCUGGCUGCGCGGACACCCGCGGCCCGCGGCAGAGGCCGAGACCCUGCUCUGCGUGGCGCCGGGGCGCCGGACCCUCCGCCCCCUGACCGCCUUCCCCGACGCCGCGUUCCGGCACUGCGCGCAGCCGCUGGCCGCGCGGGACCUGGCGGUGGUCUACGCGCUCGGCCCGGCCUCCUUCCUCGCCAGCCUGGCCACCUGUCUGGCGCUGGGCUCGGCGCUCACCGCCUGCCGCGCGCGCCGCCGCCGCGCCUCUGCCCGCGGCGACAACAAGCGACACAGAAUGGAAAAUUUCGUGACAUUCCUUUAG